GGUUUCCUUUAAAGCCUCACUCUCUCCGGAAAUGGGGAAGACCACGUCGGAGUUUGAGAAUUUAUGGAAGAAGAGAAACUUGGAAGAGCCUUUAGAUGGUGACGAAGAAACUCUCAUUAAGCGAUCGAAAACCGAAAGAACAAAACCAGGGUUUGAUAUGGAGCUUCACCUCGACACUCCAUUGCCUAUAGAGUGGCAAAGAUGUCUUGAUCUUCAGUCAGGGACGAUACACUUUUACAAUUCAAGGACUGAUACGAGAACUUGUAAGGAUCCAAGGACAAGCCCUGAGUGUCCAAGCACUGGUCACAUGAGUUUAGACCUUGAGCUAAACUUACCAUGCGUUUCUAAUGCAACAAAUCCGGAAGCGGUGAGCAAGCAAAACUGUGUCGGCUCAGUUGAGAAGAAGCUCAACAGUUGGGGAGGAUUAAUGCAGAAGCGUCCGUGGUUAACGGUGGAAGAGGCGAAGGAGGAAGAGGUGGAGAUGGUAGCAACAGUGUGCAGGCAGUGCCAUAUGUUGGUGAUGCUAAUCAAAUCAUCACCUGCUUGCCCUAAUUGCAAAUUCAGGCACCCACCACCAGACCAAGGCCCUCCAAAACUAUGCAACCAAAGGCAUAGCCUCCUGUGCUAGCAAGCCGGGAUGGACCAUCAAGCUCAUCAUCUCCAACAUAUGUAUACAUAUAAGCUUCUUAAACCAUUGAAAUCUACAUUUAGAAAUCUGCCAUUUUUCAAUGGUGACUUAAUAUAAUGUACAAGAUAUUUCUAGCCUCUGAA